UCACACGCUUCUUUAGAAAAUUCCUUAUUUUGAUUAUCUACUUCUUCUUCUUCUUUCCCUUUCUGUCUCAUAAUUUGAUAAUACUCUGGGCGAUUGAAUUGAAUUGAAUUGAAUUGAAUUGAUGGAGAACAAUCAGCAAUCCUUCUGGCAAUUCAGCGAUCAGCUCCGUCAUCAGACUAACAAUUUAGCCAACAUCUCUCUCAAUGAUUCUAUAUGGAGUAGUUCAUACGUCUCCAAGAGACCUGAAGAAAGACGCAAUUUCGAGACUUCACUCGGUGGUGCCCAACUUCCCUCUCUCAAUUCCUCCUCCAACAACAACUUCAAUGCGGAUUUCAACGGAUUCAAUGGAGGUUGGAAGAUCGCUGGAUCUACAGAUGUUAAUAAUUUCUUAAACGAUGACUGGAAGUAUACCGCUUCGUCUGGAAUCGGAUCCAUCGGACUUAAUUCAGCUCUUAACGGUGGCUUUAACAAAGGUAUUUACUCGAAGCCGUCUUUCAAUCAAAACUACAACAACAAUAGCAUCAACAACAACAACAACAACGUUAAUCUUAUGGCGAACACUAAGCCGAACAGAAACGGGAAAGGAGAAGAUGAUUAUCCUCCUCCUCACAACGGUGGAAAAAAUGUAAAGAAAAAUAAGAACACGAAUAACAACAAGGAGAAAGAUGAUGGCAAAAGUGCUAUCGAUAAGAGAUUUAAGACACUUCCUCCGUCGGAAGCUCUGCCGAGAAACGAAACCGUCGGUGGAUAUAUAUUCGUCUGCAACAAUGAUACAAUGCAAGAGAAUCUCAAAAGACAACUCUUCGGUUUGCCUCCAAGGUACCGUGAUUCAGUCAGGCAAAUCAUUCCAGGCCUGCCUAUUUUCCUCUACAAUUAUUCUAACCAUCAGCUCCAUGGAAUUUUUGAGGCAGCCAGUUUUGGGGGAUCUAACAUUGACCCAUCUGCCUGGGAAGAUAAGAAAAAUCCCGGCGAGUCUCGUUUCCCAGCUCAGGUGAGGGUUGUGACAAGGAAGAUAUGUGAGCCAUUAGAAGAGGAUUCAUUCAGACCAGUUCUUCAUCACUAUGACGGCCCAAAAUUCCGUCUUGAGCUGAACAUUCCAGAGACAUUGUCUCUGUUGGAUAUAUUUGAAGAGGACAAAUCUUGAAGUUGAAAGAGUUGUGAAAUGGAGGAAAAAGGAAAACCCAGAUACAAUUUAGCAAAAGACUGCACUUUUAUUACUGUAAUGUAAGUAUAUGGUGAUCUUGAAAGGAAGAAGAAGAAGAAUAGCAUCAUCAAUGGCUGUCUGUCUCUUUGUCUGUAUGUCAUAUUAUUGUGAUGGUGUAAAAGUAUAAUGAAUCUUUUUCCCUUUUUUUGUUUUU